UCGAUUGCAUUUGGGUUUUAAACUGUGUAUUGUCAAAAUGGAGAGCGUGCAGAGCAAGGAAGAAACCAGGACAAAUGAUGUUUCACCCAAAGUAGAUCUGAUAUUAUCUAGCAAGUCAAGUUCAACGCCUGUGCCUCAAGAUCUAUUAAGAUUUAAACGGAAACUUUCGCUUGGAAAAAAAACAGAGUCACUACAAAGGUCUUCAGUUAAUUAUCAUAUUUUCGAGGUCAAGUAUUUUCCGCAUUUUGAAUAUAUCUACACACAAACCUGGGACUGCAAAAAGCGUGUUGAGAAAGUGCAAAAGGUAGAGACUCUGGGAAAAGGAUUGCCAAGAGAUGUCUUAAUCAAAAUAGGAAUCGUAGGAGAUUUUUCAAUAGAUGACCUUCGCCUAAUAUCAAAAAGUACAGGAAAGAGAACAAUUUCCAAAGAUCAACACAUCUGGGAAGCGCAACCUCUCAUUUGCUUUCAAAAUGACCUUUCACCCCAAUCAGAGUUAAAGAAAUAUAUUUUGCGUCAAGAAAAAGCAUGCCACAAGGUCCUCAUCAAACCUACCACCUUUUGCAAUGAUACAGAUGAAUCACAUUAUUCAAUAAUCAGCGUUGUUCGGAACAGAGCACAUAUUCAAGAGGCAAUUACCAUCUGUUUAGAGGAACCCAUUCAUCAGAUGUUAGAAAAACUGUUGAAAGAUGUCAAAACUGCCGGUUUAAACAAAAUGCAGGAAUCAGGAAUUACUGCUGAAAUAGAGGCUAUUCGCAAACAGAUGAUAUUAGAGAACAGCAGAGCUAUAUCUGCUGCUCCUGUUUUAAAAAAUGAAGGAACAGAAUCCGUUAUCCCAAAAAAUAUAAAAGCCUACCUUUUCGGGAGACCUGACGUUCAUUCUUUCGGAAUUUGGAGAAAUUCGUCGUUUAAAGUUCUUGUCAAGAAGACUGAUGACAGUGAAUUGAAGAGUAAAUUGACAAAGGUGAAUCCAACUUUCUUUGAAACAUAUAAUUUAGAAGUAGAGAAAGGAAAAUUGGAAAACAAACACACCAAUAUGAUGCAGGGCGAUUCAAUACAAUCAAACUAUUGCAAAGGAACACUUGGCGGGUUUGUUACAAAAUCCGACGAAGAAGGGAAAAAAUAUGCAUUGACUUGCAACCAUAUAUUUCCCGAGGUUGAUGAACCUGCAUAUAACCACGAUCUUGAGAACAUUGGAUCUUGCAAGUUUACAACACGGGAACAAUCCUGCGAUUUUGCGGCGAUCGAAAUAGAACAGUCAUUUGUGGAUAAAUGCGACGUUUGUGUCACAAGAGAGGACAGAAAGAAAACUAAUGCUCGAGUGUAUGCUGAAAGCAUAGGAAAUAUUGGACUUGUUCAUAAAAUAGGAGCCACAACAGAUGUGACGAAAGGUAGCAUUCUUAGUCCCGAAUGGCAUGAACGAGUACUCGAUAGUGAUUGGAUGUCCACUUUUCUUGUACAAGGCAUCGGUGAAAACUUUUCCGAGGAAGGUGAUAGCGGAUCGCUAGUUUUCUCAAGACCGAGAAAUGUGCAACAAAAUUGCGUUGAUGUCAUGGGCAUGGUAUACGGCAAUAAAUUAACGGUGUAUGAUACUGAUGAAGAGAACAAACAUGUUGAAAAUAAUUCAAAUGAAGGUGAGAUUGCAGCUUCAAAUGUUCAGGAUGCCGAUAAUAUUUCUGGUUGUUUUCGUAUACAUACAGCUCUUGAACUUUUUAAAGAGAGUCAAGGGGAAGAUUUUGACGUAAAAUUUAAGGAUGACCUAUCGUCGUCAUCUCCUUCGUCGUCUCUGUCUGAUGAUCUCAUUUAAAUCAUUUCAAAACAAUAUUUCAAAAUUGUUUUGUUCUUUCUGAAUAAAAAACCCUCAAAAAAUGCUGCAAAAAUUGUUUUUAACAUUAUCUCAAGGAAAAAGCUGAACAGUUUGUUCAGUAAUUAUUACAAAUAUGCUCAGAAAUUCAUUAUGCCAUUCCAGAAUCCAACUUCAUUUUUUAGAACUUCAUUCAUGUUAAUAUUUUUGAACAGUUAAUAUACAUUUCAUAUAAAUGUUAUUUCAACAAAUUUUUAAUAACUAAUAAGCGUUUUUCAUUCUAAAAAAAAUGACAAAACAACAGCUAAGUUACAGAUUAAUUUUGCAAAACAUAUUUCAAGUUAUACAAAAUAUAUAUUUACAUUCCAUUUUUAUGAAAUAAGUUUUAUUUUCGUCUAUAGUAGAUUGCUACUCAUAAAUUAUAAAAGUUUAUAAUAAUAUAUAAACCAGUGUUGUUCAAUGUUUUUGAAAUAUUAGAUAUAUUAUACAGAUAUAUCUUUUUUGUUAUCCAUGUAUUUAUGUAUUCAUCGUGGUUUUCUUUCAAAGUGAUUUUAAAAUGUUUUAUCAGAUAUGUUUUUCCUUUAAUUACAAUGCAUAAAAAACAAUUGUUUAGAAUAUACAUAGACAAGAAAAAAUAUAAGAACAGAUGACUAUUUCAAUGAACAGUUACAACUUUAUAUACUUUUGAUUGUACAAAUAAGUUAUGUUAUGUUGCUUUGGCCUCUGUGGAGAGCAAAAUAGAAAGUGAAAAGUGAAAA